GUUUUAACUUCUCUCUCUAUAUUAUCUUUAAUUAAUUAUUUUGGUUUGGCAAAUGGCUAUACUGCACUGUACCUGUACGCGGUUUCAGUUUAUUUUUAGGAGUUAGGCCGACAAAGUAGGCCACAAUGUCAUUUUACAUGUUCCACGAAAAAAAAAACUCCAAUAUUCAUCAUGUUUUACUUUGAUAAUUCAAAGGGACUCAUACUGUAUAUAUGUAUGCUUUUAGCUUAUCACUGACACUAAGAGCAGAUAAAUUGAAGUCCUCUAGAAAUAAGCCCAACCCUUCUCUCCCUCUCCCUCUAACUGUCUAUCCCCUUCACAAUCUCCCAUGUGCUCCUAAUUUCCACUGCCUCUGCCCCCAUCUCUUUCUUUUCAGCUUUGUACAAAAGAAAACACACAUAAUGGCCUUGCAUGAUCACCGACUUGAUUACAAAGAUGAUCAUAUGGAUGAUGGAUGUGAUGAUGAUGAAGUUGUCAACUUGUGUAGGCUAUCCGUUUGUACCAGCAGUUGUAUGUAUGGUGACAAUAGUGCCGAGCUGUAUGAAAAUGGGAUUGGAUGUGGCAGCAUGUCUCAAAUGUCCAUAGAAAGUUUUGAAGGUGACGCGGAUGACGAGGAGUUGUCCAAUGAAGAGAAAAAUUACUCUGAAUCCGGUUUUUACUCACUACCGGCUACACCUCCACGGAUUCAGAGAAAGAGUGGUAAUAAAGAUUGCAUGAGCGAAAAUGAAGCUAAAAAGUGUACGAGGGACGUGAGGAAAAGGAGAAGAAGGAGAAUGGAAGGAGCCGAAAAUUGCAAGUCGGGGGGAAUGGGAAUUAAGAUGGGUUAUAGUGAGAGGCAGAGCGGUGGAGUAAUGUUGAUAGCAAGGCCCAAGGGUGGGAGGAGAUCGAUGUGCAUGCACUUGGAGGAAGUGAAAGCAUGCAGAGAUCUUGGGUUUGAGCUGGAGAUGCCCUCUCGUAUUUCCAUCUCACCUGCUUCAGCACUCGAUAUCAAUAAUGGUGGAAAUUCCCACAUCUCUAGCCCUGGGGAUGAUCCACAGCACGUUAAGGCUCGGCUCAAGAGAUGGGCGCAAGCGGUGGCUCUUGCUUCUACGCCUCGCCCCACCAUCUACUAACCGAUUGCCUCCUCUGCUAAAUCUUCACAACUUUAUGGGUUUUCACAACAGGAAGAAUAUUUUCAAGCUUCCUUCCCUACCUAUUUUCUUCUUUUCAACGGAUUUUUGGUUGUUCACUGAUAUAUAGAUGAGCUUUCUUGUAAAUAUGUGGUGUAAAGUAGAGGCAUUGAUGCAAUUCCAAAAGCCACUGACUUUCCUGGUUUGAUUAGGAACAGUUCCCGUUUUACGCGGUGUAUGCAAUUUGUUUCGACUUAUUAUGGAGUAAACAAUAGUCCAAAAUCAGAUUUUGUUUUAGUUUC